AUGUCAAGCAAUACCAGUAGAACUUCGUCAACUGCAUCCAAACGACGUUCGACACUGGCAGAACUCGGUAUUCAACCCGCGUCGCCAACCCCCACCAGCAACAAGGCUUCUUCAACUCAAUCUUCUACUACUGGUGUUAAUCGACGAGCUAGCAUUACAGGGACUCGUGCUUCAAAGACACCAGGCACAACACGACCACGUCCAUUGUCCAUGGUGGGCACUUCUUCUGCAGCCGCACAACAAAAACCCCCAUUGUCUCCCACUGUUCAACGAUCCACGAGUAAUUCAGUGACACGAUCAGCAUCGACAACUCGAAAAACACCAGCUGCCAUCAACACUGCGAGAGCAGCAGCCUCUCGAGCCACAGCAACACCUUCACCCACAGCUGCCACUGCUGCCAAGCGACGUUCAGUAGUAGGCACAUCAUCCACUCAACCACCAACAACCCCUGUUCCUCGAGCAAGAGCAUCCACUAUUAGCAAGCAACGUUCUUCUACACCACCCUCAACUGCUGCUGCUGCCUCUCCUUCACCCUCCAGCUCAGCUAUCGUGGCUAAGGAGCAACAGAUCAAGGAGCUUGAGAAAAUGCUUGCCGAUAAGGAAAAGCAGUUGGAGAGCAAGGAACAAUUGAUCCAAGAGAUGCAAGCUAAGAUGGCUGAUUUGUCAGAAUCAGAAAAGUCUUUUGAUCCUACUACGCCCAUGUUGUCAUCAUCUUCGAUGCUUAUUCCAUGCGACUCCUCAGUUGAUUCUGAAAAAGAAGUCAAGCUCGAUAUGGACAAGCUUAAAAAUCAGUAUCAGUCGGAAAUCGAUAGUGUCCGCCAACAGCUGAAAGAAGCUCACGAUGAAAGAUCAGCAACGAUUCAGGAUACCACAGCAGCAGAGGUGAGGAAAGAACGGACAUCCAUCCAGCUUAUGCAUACCAUUGUCGACUCAUUGCCCGUGGAAAAGGAGCUACGUGAUACAACCCAUGAGGAUCUUGAUGCUCGUUACAAGAAGGAGAUGGAACAAUUGAACCAGCAGCAUGAGCAAAGGCUCAAGGAUGAGAUGCAACGUUUGAUAGCCGAGCAUGAGGAGAAGAUCAAUUCACUCACAAAGGAUCAAGAACAAAAAGCUGAAUCGUUGACGAAUGACCACGAGCGCAAAGUUGAGACAUUGAUUAAGGAGCAUGAAACUCGUCUUGAUCAAGCACAAAAGGAUCACCAGGAGAAAUUGCAGGUUGUCUUGGAUGAAAAGAAGGCGGUUGAGCAACGACUCGCUGAUCUUGAAAAGGCCAUGGAAGAUUCGAAUAGUCUCAGCCAUUUGCGACGACUCGAGAGACAAUUGAGCGACACCCAGAAUGAGUUUGAUGAGUACAAACGGCAAAUGCAACAAUCAGCUGAGGCGACCGAACGACGCUAUCGAGAGGAAAUGCAACAAUUGCAGAGUGGCAAUGAUGAUACGGCUGAAGCAUGGCUUGAUAAACAUCGUGCUGCACAACAAGAAAUCAGUCGACUGCAAACUGUGAUUCAGGAUAUGCAACGUGACCAUGCACAAGCUCUUGAAGAACAACGUGAGCAACAUGAAAUUGCACUUGAGGAAUGGAUGGCCAAGAGCGAAGCACAAGAGAACGAGAUGGAUAACCAGGCUCAGCAGGUCACAUCCUUGUUGACUCAGGUUGAGGAUUUGCAAAGUUCACUUGAGGCAGCUACAGCACGUUUGGAACAGCGGACAUCAUCCCGAAAGGCAUCUAGUGAGAACAUGCUACUACAACAAUCAGGAGGAGAUCAUCGUACAUGCGAGGAAAAGUUACAAGCACGUCAACGAGAGAUUGAAGAGUUACAUCGACGCGUUGCUGAAUUACAAGAAACACGUGAUACUCAGCUUAAUCGCUUGGGACAUGAAAAGGCACGAGAGCUUCAGGAAUUGAGAGAUGAGAUCAAGUCAACCAAAGAACAGCUUCACGCUGCACAGAGCACUGAUGAUAAACGUCUCUUGGAAGCUGUAGAGCAACACAAAAAGGAGCUUCAAGUUUUGCAUCAACAAUAUCAAAAGAUGGUGGAUCUCAAGGAUCAUGAAUUGGAAGAGUAUGCCUAUCGUGUCAAAACCAUCACAGCUGGUAAAAUGAAGGAAAUGGAAGAUGUGCGUACAGAGCAUCGAGAAAAGAUCAAGGAUUUUGAAACCAGGAUUGAGGAUUAUCAAAAACGCAUACAACAAUUCGAGCAACAAGCUGAUGAGCUAUUAACGAAAUGCGCUUCGUACCAGGAUGAGAAUAGUCAACUUGCAAAACUCCUUCAGCAAUUGCAAGGCGAGCUUCAUGGAGGACAAGCCUAA